AUGGAAUAUAAACGUUUGCUUGAUAUUUGUGAAUAAUUACUAAAGCAUUCAGUGAUUGGUAGCGUUGCCUUUGGAUAUGCUGGAAAAAUAUUAUUUACUCAAAGAAAAGACACUCUCCAAUGUUAUAGUUAAUCCAUAAGCAAAUCAAAAUGCCUUGGUUGUGAAGAUCAUCCAAUUAUUUGCGUAAUGUUUCAAUUAGAUGCUUACACAAAGAGAUAUUAAUAUAACCAAUACAGAAACAACAAUCAACCAUUUAUUAGUAACAUUAUAUUUGAUGUAAUCAAGGACACUUACAAUGCGAAUGAUUUGAGAUCUGAAUUUUCUACCACAUUCCAAGUAUAUAUAGCAUAAUUGAAUCCCUAGUUAUUGUUACAAAUAAAUAGUGAUCGAAAGGAAUUGGAUGCCACAGUCACUUUCUUAUAAAAUGAGAUAAGGAAAAUCAAAUUAGAAUUGAACAUGUCGAAUUCUCGGUUGGAUCAAUAGAAGAAAUUGACUAAUUCGGAGGACAAGGAGAGGAGCUUAAAAUUAUAGAGACAAAUCGAUGAGUUGAAGGAUGAAUUGCAAACAAAAAUAGAAGAACAUGAAGAGCAAGUUCAUCAAUUGCAGUUUAAAUAUGAUGAAUAAAUAAAAGCUUUGAUGAAGAAGAAUAAGGAAACCUUUUAAUCAGAGUCAAAAUAUCAAUAAUUAGAAAAGGAAUAGAAAUAGUAUGAGGAAUUCUUCGAUAAAUUUGCUGAAAUGUCAUUGCCAUAUUUAGAAAAAUACGAAAGAGAUUUUGAAAAACAAUAAGCCAAAUCCAAAAGAUAUUCAGAGCAAAAUAUUAGUGAAAAUGAAAUACUCCUAGAUUUUCUCUUCUAUUUGCUCUAGAAGUAUGUCCCCUUGUAAGAAGACUUGAGGGAGGUCAGGAAGAGUAGUGCUAAGAAGAGCAAUCAAGCAAGUCCAAAGGUAUCGAGAGAGAGCAAUAAGGGAGAAUCUUCUGCCACAAGAGAUUUGCAUUUUGAACAAUACAAAGUACAAAACAAUAAUCAGAUUGAUGAUACUGUCAAUAAAUUAAAACAAGAGUUGGAACAAUCAAGAAAAACACUUGAGAAAUAUGAAUUAAGUCGAAAUAAAUUAUAGAAUUAAAUAUCGUGA